GGUCGGCCAUUGUGCUUUCUUCGUGUCGCCGAUACGAUCGCGCGUUGUCCGUCAUCCUAAACCGGAGUGCUCAGUGUCCGGCUUAUACCGGAUGAGUCUGCGAGAGGGACGUGUACGUGCGCCGUAGCUCGCCGCCGGCGAAUACUCUCCAGAGCUGCACCGCCGCCGUCAUUAGCGUCAUCGUUGUUAUCGUCAUCCCCUGGCGCCUUCAGCUCGCGGCUAGUCAGCACCCAGAAGAUGCGCGUGCACGGGAGCGAGUCCGCGAGGCGGUACGCGCGAGUAACGCGCCGGUGAACGCGCGAAGAAAUGAAAUGUGCGAAGAGGAGAGCCAUUAGGAAUCCGCCAUUCUCGGCGAAUGUCAUUCACCCUGUGUGUGCAUCGUAAAAAGAAAAAGAAGAAGAAGAAGCAGCAGCACCACCACCGCCGCGGAAGAAAGUCAAACGAAGAACUACUAUCGAAGUAAGGAGCUACUGAUCGCAAGAACGCGUCUUCAUUCGAGGCAUUCUCUCCUGGGAGUCGAAUCAAUUUCAAAUGAGUCCAGCCCGUCGAUUGAUCGAACGGAGAACCGGCUGAAGCAGCAUUGAGAUUCGUAGGUCGCGGUGCUUCCGUAUUGAGGUACAUCGAGAAGAUACUCGCGGAUCUCCGUUUGAUCCUCUUUGAAAGGGGACCGAGUAUAGACUCCGAUAGUGUCCGCAGGGACGCAGAUGGGAGCUUGUCUGAUAGAAGUCCCAUCAACCCCGUGCGACAACAAUCUAACGUGUUCCCAGCGAUCGACUCCACGGCUGCCGUCGCCCACCGACGUCGCCAUCGACUACAAGGCCUCUUCUUCUCCCACCCGAUUCGGCUACAAAAAUCUGAUCAAGCUGGAAUUGAUGGAGUUGGAGAACAUUGUUGCGAACACCGUGUACCUGAAAGCGAGAGAAGGUGGUGGUGACAGCAAUAAAGGAAAGAGUAAGAAAUGGCGGAAGAUACUUCAGUUCCCACACAUUUCCCAGUGCAUCGGCCUAAAAGAUAAACUGGACAUCAGGUACAGUUAUGUGGUGGACCAGCAGCCGAUUGGGCGGCUGCUUUUCCGACAAUUCUGCCAGGACAAGAAGCCAGCCUAUCAUCGCUACAACCUUUUUCUGGACUCAAUCGAGAAGUACGAGAUUGAACUGGACGAGAAUCGCAUCGAUCUGGCGAAAGAGUUGUUCGAGCAGUACCUGAAGCGGGAGGGUUCAGAGGUGGUCGAUAUCCUGAACGAUUCCUUGAUCUCUCAGUGCGAGGAACGACUCAGCACCGGCGGCAAAGAGCUCUUCACCGAGGUCGCGCAGACCGUGAAAAACUUCUUGGCUGGUGAGCCGUUCUCGGCUUUCCUCAGCAGUUUCUACUUCUACAGGUAUCUCCAGUGGAAAUGGCUAGAGGCGCAACCAGUGACAUAUAAGACCUUCCGGAUGUAUCGGGUAUUGGGCAAGGGUGGCUUCGGAGAGGUCUGCGCUUGCCAGGUACGCGCCACCGGUAAGAUGUAUGCGUGCAAGAAAUUGGAGAAGAAGCGCAUCAAGAAGAGGAAAGGCGAAUCGAUGGUAUUGAUCGAGAAGAACAUUCUGCAGAAGAUCAACUCCAAGUUCGUCGUUUCGCUCGCAUAUGCGUACGAAACGAAGGACGCUCUCUGCCUCGUACUGACUAUCAUGAAUGGCGGCGAUCUCAAGUUCCAUAUUUAUAAUAUGGGCGGUGAGCCAGGUUUUGACAUAAAUCGCGCCCGAUUCUAUGCGGCUGAGGUCGUGUGCGGUCUAGAGCAUCUUCAUCUUCAAGGUAUCGUCUAUAGGGACUGCAAGCCGGAGAACAUACUGUUGGACGAUCAUGGUCACGUGAGAAUAUCCGAUCUCGGCCUCGCGGUGGAAAUUACGGAGGGCGACAUGGUGCGCGGUAGGGUCGGCACGGUGGGUUACAUGGCGCCUGAGGUCAUCGACAAUGAAAAGUAUACCUUCUCGCCAGACUGGUUCAGCUUUGGAUGCCUACUGUAUGAGAUGAUUGAAGGCCAGGCGCCAUUCCGCGCUCGCAAGGAGAAGACCAAACGCGAAGAAAUUGACAGACGCGUUAAGGAGGAUCAAGAGAGGUAUUCACCUAAGUUCAGCGAGGAUGCCAAAAGUCUGUGCCAGCAGCUGCUAAAGAAGAGUCCAAAGAACAGACUGGGUUGCAAGUGCGGUCGACACGGGGCGAAAGAGGUGAAGCUCCAUAGCUUUUUUCAAUGCCUGAACUGGAAGAGGGUCGAGGCCGGUAUGUGGGAACCGCCGUUUGUGCCGGAUCCUCGUGCGGUUUACGCUAAAGAUGUUUUGGACAUCGAACAGUUCUCCACGGUGAAAGGUGUUAAUUUGGACGCCACAGAUGAUACCUUCUACAGCAAGUUCAAUACCGGCAGCGUGUCUAUUCCAUGGCAAAAUGAGAUGAUAGAGACUGAGUGUUUUAAGGAACUAAAUGUAUUAGGUCCUAACAACACGCCCACCCCAGAUUUAUUGAUAAACCAUACACCGCCUAACAAUGACGAUAGAGGCUGCUUUCCUUUUCGAAGAAAGAGGAAACAAAGCGAUCGUACAAGAGAGAUCCCGUUGUCGGAAUGCCACUUGCUGGAAUUGUCGCAGACACAGAGCUCAGAAAUGCCAGCCAGCUGA